AUGGGAACCGUACGAGUUCUCUCUAUUGAUACAAUUAAGGCAACAAAAUCAAGUGAUCAAACAAUCCAUUUGACUCCAUUGGAUCUCCGAUCACUACUUAUUCCAACCAACAAAAAGGGCCUUCUUUAUUACCAUCCGGUUGUAUCUAACCAAAUCCAACAGCUAAGACACUCUCUAUCUUCAACCCUUGCCUUUUUCCAACCUCUUGUCGGUCGUCUCAAAAUAACGGAAUACCAAGACAAAACUGUCUCGUGCUCCGUUAUAUGCAACAAUGCAGAUGUACUCUUUGUCCAUGCCAGAUCAGAGAAUACUUGUGUUGCUGACAUUCUAGAACCCACCUACGUACCUCCAAUUGUUGAUUCAUUUUUUGCUUUAACCGGUGUUAGAAGCUACGAAGGCACAUCAAAACCAUUGUUGGCAGUUCAAGUAACGGAGUUAAUUGACGGUAUUUUCAUUGGUUGCUCAUUUAACCACGCUGUCAUUGACGGAAAGUCUGUGUGGCAUUUCAUCAAUUCAUGGGCUGAAAUCUCACGUAGUUGUUGUCAUCAUCAAAUAUUUAAACAUAAAAUUUAA